AUGCCAAGCGUACUUCAAGCGACAAGAAGUAGCCUGCAAAGCUCGUCGAAACCCAUUGUUUACGACAUGGGAUCCAAGAACGAAUGCAUACACGAUAAAUUCAGUUCUUUAGGGCAGCCCAGAAUAUCUGCUCUUAAACCUAAUCCAGGAGAAGAACAUCUUUUCAAUAUUGAAAACAAUCCGUUUGCUUUCUCCCCAGGUCAAUUAGGGAAGCUUAUAAAUCCAAAAAGCACUGCCGCUUUCCUCGCUCUAGGAGGACUUCCUGGGCUAGAGAAAGGCCUACGGAGCAAUUGCUUUGCUGGCCUGGGUAUUGAUGAGCAGUAUAUUCCCCAACCAAUCACGUUCAAGCAGGCGACAACGGUUCUCCCAUCGCCUGGCCUACUCAGAGAUAACGAACAAGACGGGAAUCUUCCUUCCGUUCGUUCCAACGGGAGGCUAAGAAGCAAUUUCGCUGAUAGGAAACGAGUGUUCGGCGAAAACCGGUUACCAGAACGAAAAUCGAAAUCACUUCUCCAGCUAGCUUGGAUUGCUUUGCAUGACCGUGUACUCAUACUACUCAGCGUUGCAGCUAUUGUCUCGCUUGCCCUUGGUUUAUAUCAGACAUUUGGACAAACGGAACAUGAAGGUGCUAACGUUGAGUGGGUUGAAGGCGUGGCCAUCAUUGUUGCAAUCGCUAUCGUUGUCAUUGUCGGCGCGCUGAAUGACUGGCAGAAAGAACGCCAAUUCCGGAAACUUAGCUUGAAAAAAGCGGAUCGCUUUGUCAAAGUAAUCCGCUCAGGCAGUCCUAUGACCGUGUCCGUUUAUGACGUGGUUGUGGGUGAUCUCAUGCUUCUCGAACCAGGCGAUAUUAUUCCGGUUGAUGGUGUCUUCGUUAAAGGCCAUAGUCUAAGUUGUGAUGAGUCUUCAGUCACGGGCGAGUCUGACUUGGUCAGAAAAGUCCCAGCGGACGAUGUUCUGCAGGCGCUUGUUAAUGAAGAGACGUCAGAGUUAAAAAGAUUGGAUCCGUUCAUCAUCUCUGGGGCCAGAGUCUUAGACGGGGUUGGGUCUUUUCUCGUUACUUCAGUUGGGCAGAACUCAAAUCACGGCCGGACCAUGAUGUCACUGUGGGAAAAUCCUGGGCCUACUCCCUUGCAAUCUAAGCUCAAUGUUUUGGCUGGUUACAUCGCAAAACUUGGAGGCGGGGCGGGGUGCUUGCUGUUCACAGUGCUGUUUAUCGAGUUUCUUGUUAGGCUACCCGGAAAUAAUAAGUCUCCGGAAGAGAAAGGACAAGACUUUCUACAUAUUCUUAUUAUGUCUAUCACUAUUAUUGUUGUUGCCGUCCCUGAAGGCCUGCCACUGGCGGUAACGUUGUCAUUGGCAUUCGCUACUAAGCGUAUGACAAGAGAAAACAAUUUUGUUCGCCACCUUCAAUCUUGCGAAACAAUGGGGAAUGCCACAGUCAUCUGCUCGGAUAAAACAGGUACCCUGACAGAAAAUGCCAUGACCGUGGUCACCGGGGCACUGGGCGGCGAACUAUUGUUAUUUGGUGACAAGGAUCUACAACUUGAACUUGAUAGCAGUGCGCCGAGGUUACAGGAUCCUCAAACGAAGGCUAAAAGGCCAACCAGCACCUCAUCGGUACAUUUUGAGAUGCAGGAAUAUGGCCGAAUUUCUGCGGACCAAUUGACUUCAAAGCUUUGCACAGAGUUUCAAAAUCUACUGAAAACAGCUCUUGCAGUAAACACGACUGCCUUUGAGAGCGAAGAGAACGGCAGAAUGGUAUUUGUUGGAACAAAAACGGAGACAGCCCUCCUUGAUUGGGUUCGUCGAUAUUUUGGACUUGGACCAACCUCUUUGGAGCGUGCCAACAGCUCACUAGAGCAGCUAUUCCCAUUUAAAUCACAGCACAAAUGCAUGGGAGCUGUAAUAAGGCUGUCUAAAUCAGAUAGCUGCAAAGGCGAAGCAAAAUAUCGACUAUUUGUGAAAGGUGCACCUGAAGUUGUGCUUGAACAAUGUAGCGCCUCGCUGCUAGAAGUAUCGAAAUGUGUAUCUCGGGUACCGAUGACAAAAAACCAGAAAGAUGCUAUCAAACAUAUAAUAUUUGGCUUUACGACUCAAUCAUUGCGAACUUUGGCUCUCUCAUAUGUCGACUUCCAGCAAUGGCCCCCGCAUCGGCUCCGGACGGACAAUAUCGCAGCGGCUUCUGAUGAUAUUGUACUUCCCGAUGUUCUUCGAGAUAUGACCUGGAUUGGAGUUGUGGGGAUUAGAGAUCCUGUAAGACAGGGAGUACCUGCUGCGGUGGAAGCUUGCCGAAGAGCAUCGGUAUCAGUAAAAAUGGUAACCGGUGACAAUAUUGAGACGGCAAGAGCAGUUGGGAGAGAAUGUGGCAUCUUGAAGACUUUAUCAGGAGAGGAAGGCUUGGUAAUGGAAGGGCAAGACUUUCGCCAACUAUCUGAUAACGGGAAAGCAGAUAUUGCCAAAGAUAUCUGUAUUAUGGCCAGGGCCAGCCCUGAAGAUAAACGCAUCCUCGUCAAAGCUCUACAGAGCCUCGGUGAAAUUGUUGCAGUGACAGGGGAUGGCACGAAUGAUGCGCCAGCUCUGAAAGCUGCUGAUGUUGGCUUUUCUAUGGGUUUAUCUGGUACGGAAGUCGCCAAAGAGGCAUCCGAUAUUAUAUUGAUGGAUGAUAACUUUGCGUCCAUUGUUAAGGCACUUGGUUGGGGACGGGCUGUUAAUGACUCCGUGAAGAAAUUCUUGCAAUUCCAACUUACCGUCAACAUUACGGCAGUUAUCAUAACAUUCGUUACGGCUGUCUCCGAUAGUAAUGAAACUGCAGUACUCAACGCAGUACAACUACUGUGGGUUAAUCUCAUUAUGGACACAUUUGCGGCUCUUGCGCUUGCGACAGAUCCGCCAACAGGAAGCAUAUUUCAACGCAAACCAGAAAUGCGAACAGCUUCUUUAAUUAGCUUCAUCAUGUGGAAGAUGAUCAUUGGCCAGUCCAUCUACCAGCUGAUUGUUUGCUUUAUAUUAUGGUUUGCAGGGUCUAAUCUCGGUUACGCAGAGUCCCAGUUACGGACUCUUAUUUUCAAUGUGUUUGUUUUUAUGCAAAUCUUCAAGCUUAUUAACAGUCGUCGUAUUGAUAACAAGCUUAAUAUCUUUGAAGGUUUGCAUCGCAAUUGGCUGUUUAUGUUAAUGACGCUGAUUAUGGUUGGUGGGCAGCUGAUUAUUAUUUAUGUUGGUGGUAAGGCUUUUGUUAUUGUACAGCUUACUAGCGAGCAAUGGGCAAUAUCUAUUGGCCUAGGUAUUGGCUCUAUUCCAGUAGGCAUUUUUAUUCGUUUAAUUCCUGACGCAUUCUUGCGUAAUUGUGGUAAGAAGAUUAAGAAAACACUUAGCUAUAAGUAA